AUGUCUCGUGGUGUGGUGGAGCUUCAGAAGAAGGCAGCAGAGGUGGAUUGCCUCGUAGAGGUUAGAGAUGCGAGAGCCCCUCUCACUUCGAGCGGGUGUCUUGAAGCCAUAAAGCCUCCCAAGCAUCUGAAGCGGCUAAUUGUUCUGAACAAGUGCGACCUUGUCUCCUCUACAGAUGCAAAAAAGGCGCAAGAACUACUCCAGGCAGCCGGCCUGGAGUCCGUCCUAGUCUCUGCAAAACAGCGCAAGGGCUUGCACAAGGUUACUGAAUGGGUGCUGGGGACCCCGGAGCCCAAAUUUAGCAGCAUCGGCCGCUGGCUGCUUUUGGCCGGGCUUCCCAACACCGGCAAGUCUUCAAUUCUUAAUGCGCUCAAGGCGCUCGCCUUCUCCGCGAGCUUUCACGGGAAACCCGGCAAUCAACUCGUUCAGGGUGUCAAUAAAACAACAGCGAAAACGGGGAAGCUGCCUGGAGUAACGCGAGAUGUGAAUGCGUUUCAAUUGACGAAUAAACCAAAAGUUUUCUGCUUCGAUUCUCCAGGCAUUCUUUUGCCUAAGAAUUGCGACCCGGGCAGAAGUUUGAUAUUGGGAGUUUUGGGCAUUUUGCCAGAACACCUUAUAGGGGAAGAAUUGGCUGCAGAUUAUCUCCUCUUCCAGCUUAACAAGAACCGGCAGUUUGGCUACGUGCAAGUGCUAGGGCUAAACGGGCCCACAAACGACAUUUACGAGGUGUCCCGCCACAUUUGCCAGACAUUAGGCCGGCGGCAAGAGCGCUUCAGUCUACCGCCUGUGGACCUCUCUCGCGGUUUUGUGUUUUUCUUGAAUUUAUUCAGAGAGGGCCACUUGGCCUCUCUUUGCCUCGAUACCCUGCCUUAUGCCGCAGAUGUAGUGCUGCGUAGAGAUGUCCUCGGGCAGCAAAGAGAACCACCGGAUCCUUGGCUUCUAACUGACCAAGAAAUGCCCGUACCAGGCUUGAACUAG